AUGGUGAUGGCGGUGGAGGACAGCGUGGUGCAGGUGGUGGUACGGGUGCGGCCGCCUACCCCUCGGGAGUUAGAGAGUCAACGGAGGCCUGUGAUUCAAGUGGUAGAUGAACGGGUGCUGGUGUUUGACCCUGAAGAGCCCGAUGGAGGAUUCCCUGGCCUGAAAUGGGGUGGCCCCCAUGAUGGUGGUCCCCCUAAGAAGAAGAGCAAAGACCUGACAUUUGUCUUUGACCGGGUCUUUGGUGAGGCAGCCACCCAACAGGAUGUGUUCCAGCACACCACACAUAGCAUCCUGGAUAACUUCCUCCAAGGCUACAACUGUUCAGUGUUUGCCUAUGGGGCCACUGGGGCCGGGAAGACACACACCAUGCUGGGAAGGGAGGGGGACCCUGGCAUCAUGUACCUGACUACCAUGGAACUGUAUAGACGUCUUGAAGCCCGCCAAGAGGAAAAGCGAUUUGAGGUGCUCAUCAGCUACCUGGAGGUGUACAACGAGCAGAUCCAUGACCUCCUGGAGCCCAAAGGACCCCUUGCCAUCCGCGAGGACCCUGACAAGGGAGUGGUGGUGCAAGGACUUUCUUUCCACCAGCCAGCCUCAGCUGAGCAGCUGCUGGAGAUGCUGACCAGGGGCAACCAUAGCCGCACACAGCACCCUACAGAUGCUAAUGCUACUUCCUCUCGCUCCCACGCCAUCUUCCAGAUCUUCGUGAAGCAACAGGACCGGGUCCCAGGACUGACUCGGGCCCUUCAGGUAGCCAAGAUGAGCCUGAUUGACCUGGCUGGCUCAGAGCGGGCAUCUAGCACCCAUGCCAAGGGGGAACGGCUGCGUGAGGGUGCCAACAUCAACCGCUCUUUGCUGGCCCUCAUCAACGUCCUCAAUGCCCUGGCUGAUGCGAAGGGUCGCAAGUCUCACGUGCCCUACCGGGACAGCAAACUAACCCGUCUGCUCAAGGACUCUGUUGGGGGGAACUGCCGCACAGUGAUGAUCGCUGCCAUCAGCCCCUCCAGCCUGACCUACGAGGACACUUACAAUACUCUCAAAUAUGCUGACCGGGCCAAGGAGAUCAGACUUGCACUGAAAAGCAACGUGAUCAGCCUGGACUGUCACAUCAGCCAGUAUGCUACCAUCUGCCAGCAGCUCCAGGCUGAGGUGGCUGCCCUGAGGAAGAAGCUCCAAGUAUAUGAGGAGGGAGCCCAGGCCCCACAGCAGAACCUCCCACGGUCCCCCAAAUUGGGCCCACCCCUCCUGCCCCUUCCCAGCCCCCCCUUACUGUCCCAGGCCUCCAGCCAGUCCUGCAGCCCAGAGCUCCAUGAAGGGACUAGAGCCCUUCAACAAGGGAGCCUGGGGACAGAGGCCCAGGAACAGAGGGAUGUGGAAGGAAACUCUUCAGGCCAGCAGCAGCCCCCACAGGACAAGGAAGAAAGCCAUACCAAGGAAGUUUCAACCCAGAUGCCUGAGCCUAACCUCAAACCACCACUGCCAGGGUCCCCUGAUCUGACCCUACAGCCUGAGUCAGUGGUGGACCACGUUUCACCACAGAAACCAGGCAGGGACUGUUCCAAGCAGUUGGUCCUACGUGUGCUAUGCCUGGCCCAGCAGCAGUACUCCCUGCUCCAUGCAGCCAACCUCCUGACCCCUGACUUGAUCACAGAGUUUGAGAACCUGCAACAGCUGGUGCAAGAGGAGAAAACUGAGCCUGGGGCUGAGACCUCCAGGACUCCUAGCCUGAUUAGGGAGGCCCCUCAGGCUCAGCACCUGUGUUCGGAGUUGAAGCCUCCAGAGUACCGUGGCCCUGUGACCCGGACCAUGGCAAGGCAACUGAGUGGCCUCAUGCAUACUCUGGGGAUUCCAGCAGGGCCUGACUGCACCCCAGCCAAGGCAUCCCGGCGGUCCAUGGAAAAGAAGAAGAGGAGGAGGAAACUGAGCCCUGCGAAGCCAGACAGUCCUCCUGCCACAAAGCGGGAGACCAAGCGUCAGCGCCAGUCCUUCCUGCCUUGCCUAAGGAGGGGGUCUCUGCCAAAGGCCCCGCCUUUGCUAGAGCCCAGCACCCCCAAAGAGAGAAGGACCUCUUCCCCCUGCCAAACCCCUCGCUUCUGUCCAGCUACAGUGAUCAAAAGCCGGGUGCCCCUGGGCCCUUCUGCUGUGCAGAACUGCUCCACCCCUCUCUCCCUACCUGCUCGGGACCUUAAUGCCACCUUUGAUCUUUCUGAGGAGCCCUCCUCAAAAUUCGGUUUCCACGAAUUCAUUGGUUGGGAGAAAGCCCCUCAGGAGCUGAACAGACUGGACCAGCCCUUCAUUCCCAGUGAACCUGUGUACCCCUUCACCAUGAAGGGCCCCAAGCCUCCAUCUUCCCUCCCUGGGAUCUCUACCUGCAAGAAGAGGCGCACUGUGAGGUCCUCAGUCUCCCGGGGCCACAGCCGCAUUGCCCGCCUCCCCAGCAGCACCUUGAAGAGGCCAGCUGGGCCCCUUGCAAUCCCAGAACCACCCUUGAGUCCCCACUGCCUUGUUGACCAAAGGAUACGGAAGGAACUGAUCGGUGCUGGGGGAGUGCUGUCAGCUGAAAGCUGCGUUGCCAAGGUGUCUUGA